GCUGUUGGUCAACCUGCAAAGAGCAAACGUCCGAAGGAACCUGGAGAGAACCGGAUUAAGCCGAGCAACAAAAAAGUCAAAACCAGAACUCCCAAAUUAAAAGAAAGAAACUCCACAGAGCCUUCCCCAAAAGUCAGCUCCAUAAUGACACGAGUGAUGGAGAAAGGCCACUUCCAGAAACCCACGGCUACAUUAAACCUUUCAACAGGUCAAAGUAUAGAGCUUCGGUGCAAAGGGAAUAAAAUUGGAUGGAGCUACCCUCCUUAUCUUGACACCUUUAAAGACACCAGGCUUAGCAUCAAGCAACAUGAAAGGUACAGUCAGCUGAUCCUGGAAAAUGCCACUGCAGCAGACACCGGUGAAUAUAGUUGCUGGCUCCUGCUAUGCAAUGGCUACAAUUGCAAGAAGGAUACGUCAAAAGGAGGUUCAACGUACAUAUUUUUUGCAGAUAAAGAAGAGUUCUUUGUUCCUGCUCCCAGCUAUUUUGAAGUGGUCUACCUCAGCCCAGAUAAACCUGCUGUGAUUCCCUGCCGAGUCACCAACCCAUCAGCAAAAGUAACUCUGCAUCAAGAGUUUCCAGCAGAAGAGAUCAAAGUGGAUGGAACCAACAUUAUAUAUGAUGCCAAGAAAGGGUUUAUCUACCAACAUCCAACCUCUGAUCAGAAAGGAGUGGUUUACUGCAAAGCUGAAUCACGGGGGACACCUCAGAUUUCUAUUAAAUACCAAUUGCUUUAUGUGGAAAGUAAGUUAAUUCUAAGAGACUUGGUGCACAGUAGAAUACUUUCAAUGUCAUUCAGUUGAAGCAGUAAGAAGUCACACUUUGGCUAUGUUUUCUUUUUUUCCCCCAGAAAAUUUUUAUUUUUUUAUUC